AUGGUCUCCAUAAAGAGCCUCUUCCUUUCCGCGCUCCUCCUCGCCGCAGGCAGCGAAGCCCGCCGGCCCUACUUCCGCAACCGUGGCACCCUGAAGGGCUGGGACGGCAAGAUCAUGGACCACCAGGGCAAGAUCGAGGAGGUCACCGACGUGCACUACCUAUCCGGCCGCUCGCUCAAGACGUCGCAGACCUACGACGAGGCCCACAAGGAGCUCUACCGCUCCGUGCUCAUCCGCAAGGACGGCUACGAGGCCGGGCACCACCGCUUCUACAACUUCAUGUUCCGCCUCGCCCCGGACUGGGAGCCGGUCGACCAGAACGCCACCGUGUCCCAGUUCGUCUCGCACCGCGACACCGGCGCCAACUGCGGCGUCGAGAGGCUCGUGGGGACCUCGUUCUACGUCUUCCGCAACCACCUGUACGCCCGCGUCAUCGGCGGCCAGUACUCGGGCAACAAUUGCGAGUUCAAGGAGCACGUCUUUGAGCAGAUCGCAAAGGUGACGCCCGGCGAGUGGCACAAGGUCAGCUUCGAGGGCCAGUGGGAGUUCAAGAAGCGCAAGGGCGCCUUCAGGGUCUGGGUCGACGGCAAGAAGGUCGUUGACCAGAAGAAGAUUGCCACCACCGUUGCUGGCAGAUGGCCAUUCAAGUGGCACGUCGGCCUUGACAUGAGCGCCUGGCACCACCAGGGCCGCGUGGUGGGCAGCCAGGAAAAGCGCGAGGCGUGGUUCGACGAGAUCGCCGUCGGCAGGUCACUUUUGGAGGUCGACCCUGACAUGAUGAAAAAGUACGAUUUGAUUCUAUCACACAAGCCCACGGCCUAG